AUGGCUCGCUACAACCCAUUCUCCUUCACACCCGGGCCUGUCAACUUCUUCGCGACUCUUAUCUACAUAGCUCUAUUCGCCGCUUUGUUGGUCACACACCUGCGAGUACCGAACUAUCCUUCCAAGAGCCCGCAAGGAACCAAUCUCUCCGAAGCUUGGAAUGAUCUCCAGCACAUCACCCGCCAAUUCCACCCCUACAACAGCCGCGCCAACGAUCAUGUUCGCGACUACCUUAUGGCGCGCAUCAAGCAUGUCAUUGAUUCGAAGAAGCUCAGCAAGAAAGACGUCGAGAUCAUUGACGACGUCUCGUCUAACGCAACCUUCUCAUCUGGUAACACCACAGUCUACUUCGAGGGAACCAACAUCAUUGUAGCCAUUCGCGGAUCCGAGGACGACAAGCCUUUCUUUUCCUCCAAUCAGAGCGCGUCAACACCGUCUCGACGUCCAGACAACGGCGGUGUUCUUGUCAAUGCUCACUACGACUCUGUGAGCAGUGGCUACGGUGCUACGGACGACGGUGUAGGUGUCAUCACUGUGCUGCAGCUGCUGUCGUACUUCACCGAGGCGAAGAACUGGCCCAAGCGAACGAUUCUUCUCUUGCUGAAUAAUGGCGAAGAAGAUUUCCUGAACGGAGCAAAAGCCUUCAUGCGUCACCCAAUCUCUCAGGUGCCUCACACUUUCCUCAAUCUCGAGGGAGCAGGUGCAGGCGGAAGAGCAACUCUGUUCCGCAGUACCGACACCGAAGUGACCAAGUACUACAGCGCGUCAAAGCACCCUUUCGGUACCGUGGUCAGUGGAGAUGGCUUCAAGAAAGGCCUCAUUCGAAGCGAGACGGAUUACAGAGUCUUUCACGGUGAGCUUGGUCUGCGUGGUUUGGAUGUCGCCUUCAUGGAGCCUCGAGCACGGUACCACACCGUUGAAGACUCAUCGCAUGAAACAUCGCUCAAGUCAGUAUGGCACAUGCUCUCUGCAUCCAUUGCUACGGUAUCAGGAUUGGCCUCGGAUACCAGCGACAAGUUCAGCGGCAGCGAAGACGCGCGAGAAGAUGGCAAGGUAGAUGCUGGUACAGGAACAGAUGCAGUGUGGUUCGAUCUCCUUGGCCAGGCUUUCGUUGUGUUCCGCCUGCAUACGUUAUUUGCCCUCUGUGUUACUUUACUUGUCGUUGCGCCACUAACCCUCAUCGGCCUGACAGUCGGUUUGAGCAAGGCUGACAAGAACUACCUCUUCGCGCGGAAGGCAUAUGUCCAUUCGUCAGAUGACGACGAGCCUAUUUACCUCUAUGGCUGGCGAGGUUUCUUCCGCCUACCAAUUGUCUUUGCUAUUGCGACAGCCGCCGUCAUUGGGCUUGCUUAUCUUGUUGUUCGCGUUAAUCCGCUCAUCGUCUACAGCAGCCCGUAUGCCGUCUGGAGCAUGAUGAUAUCGACUUGGGUGUCGUUCGCCUGGUUCUUCUCACGUGGAGCCAGUGCAAUGCGUCCAUCAGCACUUCAGCGUAUCUAUGGCUUGAUCUGGCUUUUUGUAGGAAGCUUCAUACUUCUUACGUCUGUCACGGUGCUUGCGAAUAACUAUCAGCUUGCUGGUGGAUACUGGGCUUUGUUCUACUUCGCUGCUGUAUUCGCUGCUCUUCUACUGUCCUACUUGGAGCUCUUCUUUGCACCGAAAAAGUCGGCCUAUGCACAGACAUUUGACCUCAUUGAAGAAGAUGCGCAGCCUUCAAGUCGGCCGCUUACUGGGAACAGCGCUGUACGCUCUGAGGAUCGCCCGGUUACCGACGACGAAGCCACUGAGACGACCUCUCUUCUCCGCGGUGAUCAGCGGAGCUUCGCACGAGCAAGGCAAGGCAGCAGACCAGGAUCUUCCGCUGAAUUUGACGAGCCCCGACCACUGGAUCUUGGACACCCAUACCCUGGAGAACAAGAGUGGAGUGGAAAGCUGCCAAGCUGGAUCUGGAUCGUGCAGUUUCUGCUUCUUGUACCCAUCACGGUCAUUCUGGUCGGCCAAAUUGCCUUGCUGCUGACGUCGGCCCUCUACCAAACGCCAUCAGAUGGCAACUCAUCACUCUUCAUCUACUUGUGCUUCGCCGCACUUACUACUUUACUAAUCGCGCCGGCCGGACCAUUCGCUCACCGAAUCACUUACCACAUACCCACAUUCUUGUUCCUGGUUUGCGUGGGAACUGUCAUUUACAACCUCGUCGCGUUCCCUUUCAGCAGGGAACAUCGCUUGAAGGUGUACUUCGUCCAGCAAGUCAACCUUGAAACGGGCUUGAACACGGUAUCCCUGACAGGUGUGGAUGGCUACGUCCAGCAGGUUAUUGCGCAGCUGCCAAGUGCGCAGGGAAAGUAUGUCAACUGCAGCACACCUGACGUAGCUACGCGCAAAGAGCUCAAGAAGUGCGAGUGGGAAGGCCUCCCCGCCAAAGUGGUCGCAGAUACAUCCUCCCUUAGCAACAAGUCUCGUACAGACAGCUGGCUAGAUUACACAGUUACGAAGAGCAACAAGACUGGCGAGGCCACGAUGAGUGUUGUAGGGCAGAACACGCGAGCAUGUCGCGUUCUGUUUGACACGUCGAUCCGGGAUCUGACGGUUGUCGGGGGUGGCUCAGAUCCCCGCUUCAAACGCACCGGCGAGCACGGCUCCCGCGAGGUGCGCCUUUGGCACCGAGAGUGGUCGCAACCCUGGACCGUGAGCGUUUCAUGGGACGCUAAGGAAAAUUCGAAGCUUUCUGGAAGAGUGGUCUGCCUUUGGUCGGACGCUAACACAGGCGACAUCCCUGCGUUCGACGAGGUACAACAUUAUCUGCCCGUUUGGGCCAUCCCAUCAAAGAUCAGCGACGGGCUGGUCGAGGGUUUCAAGCAUUUCGAGAUAUGA